UCAAAAAUUUUAUCAAAAUGUCAACUCUAAGUCCGUCAUCGGGCAGGAGCGAAAAAAAUAUACAAUCUCAGGAAUCCGGAAUCGGUAGUCCUGAAAGAGUUACUUCUCUGUAUAACGAAACACCGAAAAAAACAUCAUGGAGUGAAAUUCUGGAAGAAUCUUCCAAAAAUAGAGAAGAACUGGACAAUUAUUUAAGCAAUAAAAGGAGAGAAGAGAACCAAAUCACUUUAGAUUCACUGCCUGCUAUCGCUUACUUAAAUGAGAAGAUAUUUCCAUCUUUAAACACUGCUUUAAUAGCUAUGUUAGAAAGAGUAAAAGAAGAGGAUAGUUUUUAUCAUCCGAAGACUGCAUUUAAUGGAAUAGAUUUCAUAUGUGAAUAUUUAUACAAUUCCAAUUCAAAAUACCCCGAGAGGCAGCAAAAUCCCCAAUACAUAUUUGACAUGGAUUGGGUUAAGGAAAUAUUAGAGAAAUCACCCCGUCCCUAUUAUCCCUUCUCCUUGGUCUGGAACACCAACCAUGCCGCCCUUAAAAUUCAGUCCUUCAUGAAGGGAUAUUGGGUAAGGAAGAGAGAAGACGUGCAAGAAAUGAGAGUCUUCUGGAAGCAUCACAAGUUAACUCAGCACGUGGAGGAUUCGCCAUAGACUUAUUUCUAUAAAAACAAAUAAUUAAAAAUGUUUAUUGUAGUAGAAUAGUCUUUAUCAGAAU